AUGGAGAGAAUUGCACCCAAGCAGUUGCGGUGCCGAGGUCACCUGCUGCUGCUGCUGCUGCUGUAUCUGGGAUGUUGCUGCUGCUGCUGCCCUUGCGCUGCAUUUGCUUCGCUGCAACAGCGGCAGCAGCAGAAGCAGCAGUUCUAUAGCAGCAGCGGCACUCCUGCUGCAGCAACACUGGCAUGGGUUCCUCUCCCAGCAGCAAGAGCAGCAGCAGCAAGUGCAGCAGCAGCAGCAGCAGCAAAGACAGCAGCAACACCAGCAAUUCCUCCCCGAAGACAUAUCCGUUGCCUCCUUGCGUCCCCAUUAACAGGAGCAGCAGCAGCAGCAGCACCAGCAGCAAGCGCAGCAGCAGAUGCAGCAAAAACAGCAGCAGCUGCUGCUCCUGCUGCAGCAGCAAACCCUUCAAAUACCCCUCAACUUAAUCACGGCCCAUCCACCAAUACAGCAGAAGCAGCAGCAGCAGCAGCAACAGCAACAGCAGCACCAGCACCAGCUGCUGCAUCAGUAGAUAAGAACAAUACAGCAGCAGCAGCAGCAGCAGGAGCAGCAGGAGGAGGAGGAGGAGCAGCAGCAUUCCCAUCGUAUCCUGUAUCACCCGAUAUAGCAGCAGCAGCAACAGCAGCAACAGGAGUAUUAUUAGAGAAUGAGUAUGAUGAUGAGUAUGCAGCAGCAGCAGCAGCAGCAGCAGCAGCAGGAGCAGCAGCACCAGAGACACGUACACCUUUUAUAUUAGAUUCAUCAAUCUUUGAUGGCGCAAAUCCUUUUGCUGCUAAACCUCUUGGGGAUCAAGGGGUAAUGAGGGGAUAUAGCAGGUCGUUAGCGCUUCCCUUUAAGCCUCCUGUUAUAAUAGAUUCUCCUACGGAGACGAUCCCAGCCGAUCCCAUUGAUUAUCUCCUCUCCUUCACCAACCCCCCCAGCAGCAGCAGCAACAGCAGCAGCAACAGCAACAGCAGCAGCAACAGCAACAGCAGCAGCAGCAGCAAUGUUAAUAAAACUGAAGAAACUACCCAACAAUCAUCAUCAUCAUCAUCAUCAUCAUCAUCAGCACCAUCAUCAUCAGCAGGAGGAGGAGCAGGAGCAGCAGGAGCAGCAGCAGGAGCAGGAGCAGGAGCAGGAGCAGGAGCAGGAGCAGCAGGAGCAGCAGCAAUAGAUUUGAGUAUAUUUAGUAAUAUAGAUUAUGAUACAUUCUUUGGUGAUGGUGUUCGUUAUAAGGAAAUAAGAGGGGGAUUUAUUCUUUUUCCUCCUAUUUAUCCAGAUAGGGUAUUCUUAUUACAGGCAGCAGACCAUCCUUUAUUGUAUCAAUUACAGCAGCAGCAGCAGCAGCAGCAGCAGCAGCAGCAGCAGCAGCAGCAGCAGCAGCAGCAGCAAGAAAUAAUUGAGGAAGUAGAAGAAGAAGAAGAAGAAGAAGAAGAAGAAGGAGAAGAUAUUGAAUGGUUAAAGGCUACACCAGAGGCAGCAGCAAAACGUUCUGCUGCUGCUGCUGCUGCUGCUGCUGCUUCAGGUAAUUAUGGGGCCCCCUUAUUUGAAUUUGGGGGCCCCCAUGGUACAAAGGGUACACCUGGAUUAGUACCCAAUCGGCCUCAGCAGCGAAAGUUAUGGGGUAUGGAUGAUAUAAAGGAAGAUAUACCGAGGGGCCCCUUGGGGGCCCCCAAUGACAGGUUUAAGGAAUUGGUGGACUCAGUGGAUUGGACUCGUGAGCAUCCAACAUUAGAAGAUAAAAAUCACUAUAAAAGAUUAUUAGAUAAGGGUGGUUAUGAGAUAGUAGAGAAUCCUCCAUUACCUCCAUUAACACCUCCUCCUUCUUUCCUUAACCCAAUUCGUAACCCAAUAACCCAGCCAACAACAACAACCACCACCACCACCACCACUACCAACAACAACAACAACAACAACAGCAGCAGCAGCAGCAGCAGCAGCAGCAGCAGCAGCAGCAGCAAGAAAAUAAUUUAUAAUUCCUUAACGGACGUCGUCCUUGAUGGAUUUGGAGGAAUUGAAUUUGAAAUUUCGAUUUUAUCAAAUUUAUGGGAAUGGGAUGAAGGACAUACAAAUUAUGAAUUAUGGAUUAAAAGACAAAGUGCUUAUCCUGAUGAUAAUGAACUAGAAAAAACAUUACCAGCAGAGUAA